CGUAUCGAUCCAUAUCGUCAGAAAAUAGACUUACAAUUGUUGCGCACGGAAGAGGGUUUGUUUUACCUGUGGAAUCUGCAUUCUUGCGCCAGUCCGUAGUAAUAAAGCAGACGAGACAUGAAACGUUGCAUGUAAACAUUCAGUCGUGUUCGCCGCGUUGAAAAGCUGGAGUGAUAGCUUCAUAGUUUCAAUUUGUAGUGAUCAGUUCUAGUGUUGUUCGUGUUUUGGAUAACCUAUUUUUACAUCGAAAUUGCGCUGGUGUGUCUCUGUUCUUCAGAUCUGUCACAGUGCCUCGUUUUGAACAUUAGCGUGGAAUGGUUAUGUCGAAGGUCUAUGUGAUUAUGUGAUUCCCCUUCGUGUGUGAACGCCCUCCUACACAGCAGGAGCCGUCUCGAUGAGAAUGAAAAUGCAAUCCCGUAAAGACCAAUCGAUGAUUCAAGACGCAAAGCCAGUGACCCGGAUCGACUUUGGGGAUCACUUCCCCGAGGGGGGUUGGGGAUGGACGGUGGUUGCCGGGGCAACGCUGGUGCACAUUUUGUGUCAUGGGAUACAUUACGCUUAUGGAACUUUGUUGGUAAAACUGUCUGGUGGUUCCUCGAAGAAACAGGUCGACGUCAUUGACGCAGUGUGGAUGGGAAGCAUUGGCGUGAGUGUCACUCUGCUGUUGUCGCCGGUGAUCACCACGAUCUGUCGCCGGAAGUCCCCCCGACUGUACGCGGUGAUAGGUGGCCUCGUCGUGUCCCUGGGCAGCCUGUUCAUGUCGUUCUCGGAGCAGGUCGACCAUCUGUUCAUCAGCUUUUGCCUUGUACUCUCUAUUGGAUCCGGUCUCACGGUAACCACUGCUAACAUCAUGGUUGGGCGGUACUUCCGGUCGCGCCGGGAGCUGGCUGAGAUGAUACUGGUGUCCGGAACUGGAGCGGGAGCGGCGCUGAUAGCGUUCAUUCUAGACGAGCUGAUGGCAAAGCUGCAAUGGAAGGAAACCAUGCAGACGGUCGCAGGCUUGUUGGCCAUGACGAUGAUUGCGGGCGCCUUCUACCGGUCGGCGUCUCUGUACCACCCCCGGCGGAAUGUGAUCCUUCACAUCAAGAACCAAAAGAAGACACGCCGCGAAAGGGACCAGGAGAAGCCGUCGUAUUUUGACUUCACAGCUCUGAAGAUGCGGGCUUUACAAGGCAUCAUGGUUACUGUAGCGGUUGUCGCCCUUGGCAUGCACAUACCGUACAUUCUGAUGCUCCAAACGGCCAAGCAACGAGGAAUUGCCGACGAAUCCUUGAUGAUGUUGAAUGUCUUUCUCGGCGUCGGCUACUUCGUCGGCUGUUACAUCUUCGGCUACAUCGUGAUCAGGAACAACUCCGAGUGCUCCAUCAGCAGACGCCACCUCGCGCAGUCGUGCGUGCUGGCCAGUGGCGCGUGCACGUUGUUGUUCGUGAUGGCACGUGACCUGAACGCGUUCUCGUUGUACGCGUGGAUUUACGGCAUAUCGUCGGGUGGCUACUACUACACGGUGAAGAUGUACACUUAUGGGGUACUGAAGGAACGGAUCAUGGAGCGGGGAUGGGGGUUCGUGAACGCUGCUCAAACCCUGUCCUUUCUACUUGGGCCACCUCUUGCCAUCUAUCUGAACGAGUCGUACGACAGUGAUAUCGCCUGCUACGUGUUCGCCGGAAGCGUCAUGAUCGCGGGAGGUCUGUUCUUCUACUGCAUGCCGCUGUUCGAGCGGCACUCGUCCAACCACGACAUCGUCCAACGAUAUCAGAGCGCAUGCUCAAAGAACACGACCGAGGCCGCGGCCUUACUUGAUCUUGACCUGACAAACGCCAUGGUUACCAAACCGUUGAACAAUGUACAAUUCAUCGUGUCGCCGUCGCGGAUGAAACACUCGCACGGUAAGGACUCGAGUAAGAUCCAAAUGCAGUGCUUUAUCCAGCACAGAGACAAGGAAAAACCCAAACAAAUAGUGCUUUCAAGAAUCACAGAGGAGAAGGAGGGGCUGAGGCUGGAUUUCAACGAAAUCUCCUACAUAAGUUCCUCGAACUCAAAGUCAAAUUCGGAUGGCAGUGUACGGAGGAAGAGUCUUUCUGAUAAAGAGCUUUCGCAGCCUUUGUGUGAAAAUCUAUACUGCCAGGAGAUGAACCCCGAGCACCACUCCCACUCCACGGAGAAGUCGUUCAAGGCCAGUAACUCUUCUAAGGCCGAGUACAAGUUCCGGAGGAGUUCGGAUAACGUGAAAUUGGAGUUCUUCGAUCCACCCAGCCAGGAGAAGGAGUCCACCGCCACGGUGUCCUACGACAGUGACCUGUACAUAAAUCUGUGCGAAGCUCAAGUGUAAGGUCAUUGUGUUAAACGAACGUGUUACGAGUGCUUGGUAUUUUUCUGCGUUUAUUUAAAAAGGAAAUGCUGUACGUUUCCAGUCUUGUUUUUAUUGAUCUGUGAAUUAACUGCAUAAUUUGAUUUUCAUAGCGACGGUUUAAAACCAUUGAGUAUGAAUACAUCAACCGCUUUUGCAAUUUAGAUUUAUAUUAAAGCUAUCUAGACGAUUUUCCUAAAGUAUUGUAUUAACGGUAUUUGCAAGUUCACUGAACAACGGUAUACAUUAUAUAAUAUAUGAAAACAUGCAUUCUAUAUCGUAAUACACAAGUUCCAAUUACAUGUCGCGUGUAUUGCCAGGUAAAUGUAUCACAGAAAAUAUAACCAAUGUAAUUAUAUGUUCGCUGGUGCUUUCCAAUUGUUAAGCUCAAAAACAUUUAUGUUUCAUUUUUCCCCUACCUCUGGUCGAAGUAUGAUGGUUUUCAGUUAUUGGCAUAAUUAUCUUUAUUUUUACUAAUUACUGUUCAACCAGUUAACCCAGAAAAUGGUUGAAUGCCGGAUAUGACUUUACUAUGUCGAAAACGGCAAUAAAUCCAUAUCAGACAAACAAACACGAAAGCAAACAAAAGUCUGGAAUCUGCGUUGUACUGCUUGCAAUGAUAUUUUCUUAAAAACUAUUACUAUAAUGCAUACUUUUGAUUGAAUUGCUCACAUUCAUAUUUUAUGGGCUCUUUCUCAAAUUGAUACGUAUAUUAGCGUUAUAUUGUACUUCUGUAUGUACUAAAAGGCUGCAACAUGUGCUACCAUAAUCAUGUUUGGGCAGUUAACCGUGUGUGUUUAUUUUUCUGCUCAUAAAUGAUUGUCAAAAGGCGCACACAUUUAAUUAAUCCAUUUUCUUAUUUACCACUAACUAAAAAUCGACAACGAAAUAUAGUUUCUUUAACUAGAUAAAGAAGAAAUGCUAUUUGCUCUAUCACAGAUUUAUUUACUUGUAUCGCAACUUAUUGACAUCAGUUUGAAAUCGGUAUUCAUUGGAAAACUAAUACAAUGCGGGGGUGGGGGGGAAUAAACGUUGACUCCAAUACUCAUUAUGUUUUGUUUGCAAAUUUUUCAUAUUGAUUACACUUCUCAACAUUUUAAAUAUGCCACAAUUUAUUUUCCUUAUUCAUCAAGCCAUUUUAGAUUAAAGCAUCAAUAAUAGACACACAUUCCUCGUUUACCCGUUGCAUAUGUUAUAUUCUAGUUUCUUUGUUUGUUUCUGUCUUCUAAGGAGAAGAUGUAUCACAAUAUUAUAGCAUCGCAGAAAUGUAAGUCUACGCAUAUGGGAAACUGCAGUAUUUAUGCUUAAACUGAUAUUCAGUUACUUUUGCACAUUCUUUUAUCGAGUCACACUAGACACUCAUGGUGGGAACUGAAUAUAUUGUCCAGUUACUGAUCUCUCCACAAUGUAAGUUUUGACGUCAAUGAUGACGUAGAUGAUUAAAGUCUUUCAUAUGGGUAUAUGAGGGCUACUUUUAUUCGCGUAGGUGGCGUAGGUGGCUGUGUUCGUGAAUCGGUGAACAUCAGUUGUUCUUGAAUAUUUGGCUUUUGUAUUUAUUAGAUUGCUUGAGUAAACGUGUUAUGUAUGAACGAUUUAAAUGUUUGCUAUAAAAGCUGCACAUCUGUUGAAGUUUUCUUGGUAAAAGUUGUAUCUGUAGAUUUUAUUUGUAUAUUUUAC